GAUCUCGUGAUUUUUUUUUCAUUUUCUUGGAUAUUAUGGCUUGGACUCCGCCGUGGACGAGGGAAGAUGACCAGCGUUUUGAGUUAGCCCUGGUGAUAUUCCCGGAGGACUCGCCGUCGUUUUUGGAGAACAUCGCUCAGCUUCUGCAGAAACCUUUGGGAGUGGUAAAGUACUACUACGACGCAUUGGUCUACGAUGUUGCGCUGGUUGAAUCGGGUAAGUAUGCUUUACCAAAGUACCCGGACGACGAUAACGUGUCACUGACGGAAGCGACUCAGUCCAAACACGGGGAGACGAAUCAGAUAACGAGGAUAAUUCCUUGGACAGAAGAGGAACACAGAUUGUUUCUGGAUGGAUUGAACAAGUAUGGGAAAGGAGCUUGGAGUAUGAUAUCAAGGGAAUUUGUGAAGACAAGGACCAAAAUACAAGUAGCAAGCCAUGCACAGAAAUUCCUGAUCUUUAGCUAUACCGAGAUUGCUCUCUUUUUCUUGGAUACUAUGGAUGAAAUUCCGCUUUGGACGAGGGUCGAUGACAAGGAUUUUGAGUUGGCUCUGGUUCGAUUCCCAGAGGGUUCGCCGUAUUUUUUGGAGAAUAUCGCUCAGAUUCUGCAGAAAUCGUUGAAGGAGGUGAAGCACUACUACAGCGCGUUGGUCCACGAUGUUGAGCUAAUCGAAUCGGGUAAUUUUGCUUUGCCCGAGUACAGGGACGAGGAUUACGUGUCACUGAAGGAAGCGACUAAGUCCAAAAACCAGGGCACGGGGAAAAAGAAGGGAAUAGCUUGGUCACCAAACGAACACAAAUUGUUUUUGGAUGGACUAAACAAGUAUGGGAAAGGAGAUUGGAAGAGCAUAUCGAGGAAAUGUGUGAAGACAAGGAGCCCGAUGCAAGUGGCAAGCCAUGCUCAGAAGUAUUUCCUAAGGAAAAACAAGAAGGGGAAACGCAUGAGUAUCCAUGACAUACCUCUGGGAGAUGCGGACAAUGUAACCGUACCUGUAUCCAACUUGAAUUCUAUGGGCCAGCAGCAGCCACAUUUUGGAGACCAAAUGUUUCCGGAUCAUUAUUACCACUGCUCCCAGGACAAUGUAACCAAUAUCCCUGGAUCCAACUUGAUGUUUAUGGGCCAACAACCACAUUUUGGUGGCCAAAUUCCUCCGGAUCAAUGUCACCCCUACUCCCGGGACAAUGUAACUGUCCCUGAAUCUAACUUGAAGCCUAUGGGCGAGCAGUCACAUUUUGGUGACCACAUUCCUCUGGAUCAAUAUGACCGCGACUUCCUGGACAACUUCGGGUUUUUCUAUGAUGAUUAUGAUGAUGGUGAAGACGAUGGGAGUUUAGCAAGCUUUGAAAAACUAUAUUAUAAGGCUUAAGCUUUAUGAUGAGAUUUUCUGGUUUAGGGUUUUAGAGUUUUGUUUCUGGUCUAGACUUUAGUUGUAAAACUAACUUGAAUGGCCAUUUAUUUUAUUUUUUGGUUUCUAACAAUUGUCUGACAAUUUAUACUUCUGAACAUGACAACAAAACAUUUAAAAUUUC